UCAGAGGUUAGGGCAAGAGAACGUGCACUAUUUUCUUGAAACAGAUCUGGAUCCACUCAAGCACCCACACUCUCUCUUUCUCUCUCUCCUCCUGUCACUCUUGCCAGUCGUUCUUUUAUAUUCAAAGGAGAGAGAAUAGGGAGCGUAGAGAGAGAAAGUUCAGCUUCACUGUCCACUCACCCACAACCCCAGAAAACAAAGGUGAGAGAGAGGUAGGAGGUUUUUUGAAUUUGGAGAGCAACACAACACAGCACAGCAGCAGAGGAGAGCAAUUGAUGGUCUCUGCUUCUGCUGCCUACUGCCAAUUUCUGCAACCUGCAUAGAAAGAAGGCGGUGGUUUGGCUUUUGUAGUAACUUUUGAUUACUAGUUAGUGUUUAAAUGAAAGAGAGAAACAAGAGAGACAUGAAUGGGCUGAUCACAUCGUCAGACUAAAGAUUUCAUGGGAACAAGAGAAAGAAAGAAGCUAGCUUACUGAACUACUCUACUUCUGAUCAACACAAUCUGGUGGGUAGGUAGGUAAAGCCUUUGUGUUACUCAAAAGAGAGAGAAAGAGAGCAAAUAGUUGGAACAAAAACAAAAGGGUUGGAGGGUUGGAGUGGAAUCUACUACCAACCCUGACAUGGAUGCAUAUGAAGCAACAAGGAUUGUUUUCUCAAGGAUCCAAAAUUUGGACCCUGAAAAUGCCUCAAAAAUCAUGGGUCUUCUUCUAAUCCAAGACCAUGGUGAGAAGGAAAUGAUUCGCUUGGCUUUUGGCCCUGAAGCUCUUGUUCACUCGGUGAUUCUCAAAGCUCGGAAGGAGUUGGGACUUUCGUCGAACACUCCUUCCACACCCUCCACUCCGUCGUCUCCGUCGCCGUUUCUUUCCAACAACAACCCGAUCUCUCUUUCCCGCCAGAAUUCUUCUUCCUCUCCGGUUCCCUCUUGGCUCCCCGGUGGUGGUGGUCGUGGCGGUGGAAUUAAUCUUCCGUCCCCUCUUUCUAUCCCAAACCCAUCUUCUUCCCCGAAUUGGGCUGCUUUUUCUGAUUUCCCGAACCCAGAAGAUUUAAUCAGUCCAAGCUCAUCUUCAACCUUCGUAGCUGCUUCGAGUAACACAAUCAAUAGCAUACCAGUCGGAGCGACUUCGUCGGCGUCGAUGAACUCUUCUGCUUCACCUUUCUACGGAAGUGGAGGGACUGAUCUGAUUGACGAAUUUCAACUCCAAGACCAGCUUUCCUUCCUCAAUGAUGGCUCGCCGACUCUCGGCCCGAAAAGCUCCGAUUUGUACUACCCACAGCCGGAUUUAGCCUCCAGCCCCGGGAACGGCGGCGAGCUCUUCCCUUCAUACGGCGGUGCAGCUAACUGGGGAGGCCUUCCCCACCGCCGGAGCUGCUCAGUUAGCGAUAUUUGCUUGGGAUCUGAUGACCCAUCUGGUGGAUUUGGGUGGAAGCCUUGCCUCUACUUUGCUAGAGGCUACUGUAAGAAUGGAAACAGUUGUAGGUUCCUCCAUGACAACCUCGCUGACCCAGAUGGUGCCUCCAUGGUUGGCUCGCCGAGUAAGCUCGAGAUGAUGGAGCAGUGUCAAGAGCUUCUCAGAUCUAAAUCAGCCCACCAACAAAGGUUUGCUGCUGCUUCUCAGCUCAUGGGUUCGUCUUCCUUCCCCUAUUCACCAUCUUCCUCCAACAAAUGCAUGAAUUUUCUGCUCCAGCAACAACAAAGUGACAGUCAAAGGGCGGCUGCAGCAAUGAUAAUGGGUGAAGAUAUGCACAAAUUCGGGCGAUCCCGACUCGAAAGAAAUGAUUUUUCAAUGAAUGGUGGGGUGGGAAUGAUGAACUCUAGUUCUAGACAGAUUUACUUGACUUUCCCAGCUGAUAGCACAUUCAGAGAAGAAGAUGUGUCCAAUUAUUUCAGCAAUUAUGGACCUGUGCAAGAUGUGAGGAUUCCAUACCAGCAGAAAAGGAUGUUUGGGUUUGUUACCUUUGUCUACCCGGAGACUGUGAAGAUCAUUCUUGCCAAAGGGAACCCCCAUUUUGUAUGCGAUGCUCGGGUGCUCGUCAAGCCAUACAAGGAGAAGGGGAAGGUCCCUGACAAGUACAGGAAGCAGCAGAUGGAGAGGGGAGAGUUUUCGGCGUGUGGUAGCCCUACUGGCUUAGAUUCAAGAGACCCUUAUGAUUUCCAGCUGGGAGCAAGGAUGUUUUACAACACCCAGCAAAUGUUGUGGAAGAGGAAACUGGAGGAGCAAGCUGAUUUGCAGCAAGCCAUUGAACUCCAAGGCCGAAGACUGAUGGGUCUGCAACUUCUUGAUGUAAAGCGGCAAAAUCAUCAUCGAACACUUUCCACCGGAGGUGCCAUUCCGUCCCCUACGCAGUCCCCGAAUUUCUUCAAUCAGACUCUGGUUCUUCCGCCAGAUCGUAGCAGCCCAGAAAUCAUAGAAGAGAAUGGUUCAAGUCCAGUAAUUACAAACUCUAGCACUGCUAUGGCUGAUCAGCAGAGUGCAAAUGUGACUGAGAAAGAAAAGGAUUCAUCUUCAUCUGGCAAUGAUGGGAGUGACAAUGGCAAAGAAAGCCCCCAUCAUGAAGAAAGUGAUAUACAAGAAAGCUUGGAGCACAACCUCCCCGAUAGUCCUUUUGCAUCUCCGAAGGCUCCCGGAGACUACAUGACCGCCUUCUCCAACGCUGCCAGCGAAGCCGAAGAGAGUGCUGUGUUUCCGGUGAUAUCGGCUGCUAACGGUAAUUUGAUCACUUCAUCCUUACUUCCUGCUACUUCUACACUGGACAUGGCUAAUUCCUUCAAAUCAUGUUAUUUCCAAGUUCCCAGAUUCUCUUCUGGACAAGGGGCCAUUGAAAUGUAGGCCAUGGCCGGCAUUACCCGGCCGAACUUUAGCUUCCUUAGCAUAGGAAGAAGAUUGAGAAAGUAUAACCAAAACCAAGUUCAGAUCUGUAGAAAAAUCACCACCACCACCACCACCACCUCAACUACUAGCAUCACUACCAUCAUCAUCAAAUGCAAUACUACUUACUAAAAUACAAAUGAUACGUAAAAAGGCAGUAAAAGGAGUGGGUCAGCCAUUUCUUUCUUUGUUUGGUACUAUUUUCCAUCUCAUAUUCUGUAGUAGAAGUUGAACCACAGGAACAAAAAGAAAAAGUCAAAAAGAAAAUCAAACAAUCAAUGUGUAGUAGUAGCUGUAGUAGUAGUAAACUGAUGGGGCAGCAGCGGCAAUUUUCUUCCCCUUUCUCACCCACCAUUCAUGGAAUUAUUUCAUGGCUUUCCCAGUAGCCAAACAGGAGCCCAUAUGUAGUUUGUUUGUUUAUUAGUGUCUGUUGGUAGGAAAGCAAAAUUAAAUGAAUAUGUGUACAGCAGAAGCGGAAACAAGAAGAGAUCAAGAAGAGGAAAGAGAAGAUGUGAAAUGUUGUGUAACUACAAGGCUGAUUUGGUGCCUCAAAAGGGAAGUGUUUGGUGUUUAAAGGUCUGAAGGGGGGGGAGGGAAAGAGGAAAGAGAGGGGGGAAGGUAAAAGAGUAGUCAGUCAGCUCACCUCAGCAGUUUCAGGUACAAAAAGAAAGAAAGAAUAUUUUCUACCAUUAUAAGUUGUUUGCUGUUGUUGUUGUUAAUGUUUAUACACAGCAUCAAGCUUUAGAAUUAAUAGACAGAAAGAGAUAAAUUUAGAAAAAUUUGAGAAACGAAAAUAGUGUUUCAAUCUAAUUGGCGGUCCCUCUCUCUCUUUAA